GCCGUACGUCGUUCUAUUCUAUGGCUAUCUUCUGACGCGAUGCACUACCUGUGCUCGGAUUUUGUUUGUCGAGUAGCAAUCGAUGCACUACGUGCGUCUGUCGUACGUCGUCAUGCAUGUCAUGCAUGUCAUGCGAUCGUGUUGUCGUGAUUGAUUGAACGUCUUACCAUGCAGUUCGGGAAGCUGGCGGAGUAAAAAGAAAAAAGGGGAAAAAAAAAAAAAAGUCGUCGGAGUGACGACCGACUGUAGUCGAGCAUUCCGUUCUAAUCAGUUUUUAAUAUCUGGUCCAAGAACGAAAAAAAAAAAAGAAGAGGAGGGGGGGGGCKSGGAGGAGAAGGAGGAGAGGUAAGGAAAAAGGGAGGGCAAGAAAAAGAAGAGAGGAGGGGUGUAGUGGGGUCGGGGUGAGCAGAAAAAUUGGGACUGUGAAGAAAGCUCAGGGGUGUGUGAAGCAACUUAGUGAAUUAGGGGUUUGAAGAAAUUAGGGGGGUUGUGAAGAAAUUAAGGGGGUGUGAAGAAAUUAGGGGGGUGUGAAGAAAUUAGGGUGUUUGAAGAAAUUAGGGAAGAAAUUAGGGGGUGUGAAGAAAUUAGGGUGUUUGAAGAAAUUAGGGGUGUGUGAAGAAAUUUAGGGGGGGUGUGAAGAAAUUUAGGGGGGGGGGGKGAAGAAGAAGAUGCCCCUUGUGCCUCUGCGAGAGUUGAUGGAGGUUGCGCGCCGACGAUGCGGGCAGCCGUUGAUAGGAUUGGAUGUCGGGAGACGUCGGGUCGGGGUCGCGAUUUCGGAUAAGAAUUGCCACGUGGCGUCUCCUCUGAGCUGGCUGGAGCGAUCGAGUACGUCUGUGGACAAGAAUGCCGCGAAAAUUUUUACGUUGGUGAAAAAAUUUGAGGCCGCUGGGAUGGUUGUUGGCUGUCCCAUCCAGUUAUCAGGAGCAAAUAGUACGGAGGUCGUUCGAGUCCGACGAUUCUUGAAGGAACUGCAAACGCAACAGGAGCUAGCAUCUCUGCCGUACGUUCUGUGGGAUGAGAGAUUGACAUCCAUGGCUGUGGAGAGCUCCGUUAGGGGACUCGAUCUCCCGCCCAUGAGAUUGAAAGCGAUAACGGAUAAGAUGUCGGCCGUUUAUAUUUUGCAGGGGUUUCUAGAUGCCUUCGCAAGAGUAAAUAGAGGGGAGCAAAGGUGGCUAGUGGGUGGAAGGGCAUUACGAGAUGACGGUGGACGUGACGAGGGUGAUGAUGAUGAUGAUGAUGAUGAUAAUGAUAAUGAUGAUCGUGGUGAUGAUGAUGAUGAUGAUGAUGAUGAUGAUGAUCGUCGUGAUGAUGAUGGUGAUGAUGAUGGCGAUGAUGAUGAUGAUGAUGAUGAUGAUGAUGAUGGUGGUGGUGGUUUGGUUUGGAUUCUGCCAGUAGCCAAGCAUGCGUACAUCGGCGCCCUGUUCCUGAACUCAAAGGGCGGAUGCCAGACCUGGUUGAGCCACCUGGCAACCUCCCACGGCGUCGACGUACUAGACUUGAAGGACGUAAUCAGAUGGGAGGAACUAACACGGCUGUGGAAGAAGCGGUUCAUCGUCGCCGACACGCCGACACUCGCCAUCAACCGUUUGUUCACCAUGUCACAGGGCAACACAACAAUACGGGACUGGCUCACGGAGUGGCAGAAGAUUGCGGCUGUGCCCAAUCUGAACCUACCAUUCGAGCAUCUACGCCGUGAGUUCUCCAACAGGUCCUGUGCGGCAUUGAGCCAGACUCUUGGUGAUCGCGAGCAGUACUCAACCUUCGCGGAGAUCAUUGACAAAGCGAGGGAGAUCAUGAAGACCAACAGGUUAGCUGCACACGAGAAAUCAACAUGGCAGCCGACCUAUGUGGAGAAGGCACGAACUGGUCCGCGACAACAGCACUUCGCUGCAGUCCAGCAGGACAAUGGAGAUAACCCAGCAGCCACUCCAGCAUCAAGUGACGGAGAUCAGUUACGAAAGGAGAAACCAAAGGGGGGCAAAAAACAGGAUGAGGUCGAGCAGUUACGAAAGGAGAAAGAGGAUCCGUUAAGGCAUCAAGAGCAAGAAAAGUUGGGACAAGAAAUUGAUGACCUCAAGAGAAAAAAUGAGACAGCGAAGAAGAAGGAAGAGCAAACGAGGGUGAAGACGAAGGAUAUAGGGUAUGAUAAUCUGAAGGAGGUGGAAGACUUCCAAACGGAGCUAGAGAAGAAGAACAAUGAACUUGCUAUACUCAAACACUCGAAUAGGUACUUGGAGAAGGAGUUCGCCGAUCUGAAGGAUGAAGUCGGCGCCAUGAAGAAUGCAGGGAAGAGGGCACCGGCCACGGUCACUGAGAAGAGCCCACCCCACCUAGGGAAAGUCAAAGUUUAUCUUAGCUCGACGACCAUGUAUACCUCCAAGGACAUGAAAACCUUGCGCCGGGCUUACAAAGAUGCCUUGGAGGGGAAGCUGACUGCCGUGCGUGAGGCAGAAUUUUUCAAAGAAAGCCUGACGAGGAUUCUCACCCCUGCCACGCGAUCCAAGCGAUCGGCUACGACCAGUAAAACCUCGCCGCUUGGUUUGCGGAAGUCGCUAAGUGCCAUUCCGGUUGGAAACUCGGAUUCAACCGACGAGAAUGGAGGGGACCAUGAAGGUCUAAAGAGGAAGCAUGCUCCUGUCAAGGAGGUGGAUCUACUGCAAGGAAGUGACACCGAGGGAGAGGACAAACAUGCAGAGGAGGAAGAAGCUGAGUUGUGUUAUGCCAUGUCAGUAGAAGAGCUUGAAGAGGUUCAAGGGGAUCAAGGACGUGCGCUGGGCAACUAUGGUCUUAUGCAAUGUCUUGCCGUGAUCUUCGGAGGUGUGGUGAUAAUCUAUUUUAGAGUGUGAUUGGUUAUUUGUUACGUACUAUCACUAUUCUUGUGAUUCCUCGACAACAGAUUAAAUGAGGUGCGGAUUUGCGCCAUCUUAUUAUCAAUUUGACUAACACGAAUUACAAUUUUGAUAAUUGCCCUGGUCCAAUCGUAUAUAUUUUCUUCUCUCCUUGGUACAAACAUGCGUACGUUGGAUGCACAAGUCGCUCCUUGUGUGUCCGUUAGGAAGAGCGCGUUCGGAGAACACUACAUCGUGACUCGAAUGCUCGAAAUAAGACAUUAUAUCGUUGGCUGAGACGCGUUUGUGUUCACGCGUAUAUUGCUAUUCCGAUUUGCGUACCGUCUUCAACGGAUGAUUUGUAUAGGGAUGACGGAUUCUUCAUUCGCUUGAUAUCUCCUCCCCUCAAUACUAUUUCUCGGCGGAUUACAAGACACAAACGUAGAUUAGAAAAAAAUGAGAGAUUGAAAAAGGAAAGUGCACUAUUGGUUGGAAUCGGAUGUUGUAAACAAAAUUUACCUUUGGCU